GGAAACAAGUAUGGGGUUGUUGUUAUAUUCAUCGUUUUAGUUGAUGCGGGGGAAAAAAUAAUCGCAUGCCAUAGCACAGUUGUUAAAUUAUUGGUUUGAAUUGCUUGUCAUAUCCUACUUCAAACAAAUUUUAUUGUCACUGAGUAACACAAUGGAUAUUAUUGAGACGGUUGUAACAGAGAGUAUUGAAGUAGAUGAAACUCCAACGGCGUCCAGUUUGGCUCCAGAUAAAUCGAAAGCAGAGUUUGUAUGGACUUUACAAGCCACAUGGCAACUUGUCCAAACCCGCCUCGAAAUGGACCAGGAUUUUGACCAGCCAGUGUGCAAGAAAAAGAAACUGUGGGAGACAGUGGCUGAGAGAGUGACUGCCAAGCUAAGAGCAGCUGGGAGCACAGAUGUCACAGUCAAGGCCUAUGAGUGUGAUCUGAAGUGGCGUAACAUGUUGGCCACAUACAGGAAAAAUGCUGAGAGGUCCAAGAGACUGGGGGCCCAGAGUGUCCACUGGGAGUUCUUCAAGGCCAUGCAUGAGGUCCUGGGGAAGAGUCGGGAGGAGAUCGAGGCACAGCGCAGGUCCAAACUCAAUGGGACCAAGCUGGGCAAGGCUAUUGCCAGCAAGCGGUUUACCCCCAUCCUUCCUACACCCUCCCUGACAGCUGCCCCCUUUGCUUCCAGGCCCCCCCAGGAUGUCCUGCAGCUGUACAUGGAGCUGCAAGAGAGGAAGAUGAACAUGUGGGCCCAGCAGAAGGCCCUGGAGGAGAGGAAGAUAGAGGCCAUCAAUAAUCUAGCCCGUGCAAUCUCCAGUUUGUCUCACAGUCAAAACAACAGUUUCCAGCUGCCAGAGUAGCAGUACAGCACACCCGAGCAAAGGAGUUCUCACUGAACUAAAAACUUGUGGAUUUUGUGUAAUAUAUAGAAGCUUGUGCAUAGAAUGAAAGACUGCAUCAUGCAAAUGUUUCUUAAGCGUUCAACCAUUCAGCUACUUUGUGUUGUCAUGACUUGUCAUUGUAUUUGUUUUUAUUAUGCUGUAAUAACACCAUUUGACAAAGGAGUUCACUGCAGGAAUUCCCUGUAAUACCUGUGAAUGAGAAGGCGGCUACACAGGGCAUAUUGUACAUAGAUCUGCCAUAGGAUACAAAUAAUCCUACAUAUGUAUAAAAUACAAGAUAUUGCUGUGAUACUCUUCCCUUUAACAGCAUUUAUAUUGUAUAUUUUAUUAUCUCAAUACAAACACAAAAAUUAUAAAUCACUUUAUGUACUUCCAGAA